AUGAAAUAUCCAUCUCAAACACCCCCGUUUAAUGGUUCUAUGCCAAUGGAGAAUGAUAAUUUUCACAAUGUUGGUGCAACUCAAUAUCCUGAAUUUUCAACACAAAUAACUCCUAGUGGCAUGGCAAUUGCUGAUGAAGUCACUCCAGAAGAUUCAACUCCUAAGAGCAAGAGAAGUAAGGAACCAGCAUGGAACACUCAACAAAAUUUGGUUCUAAUUAGUGCAUGGAUUAAAUAUGGAACAAGCAGUGUUGUCGGGAGAAACCAGAGAGGAGAAACAUAUUGGGGUAAAAUUGCUGAGUAUUGUAAUGAGUAUUGCUCAUUCGAUUCUCCCCGCGAUCUAGUUGCCUGCCGAAACCGUUUUAAUUAUAUGAGCAAAAUAAUAAAUAAAUGGAUUGGUGCUUAUGAAAGCGCUAAGCGUAUGCAAGGAAGCGGUUGGUCGGAAGAUGAUGUUUUGACAAAAGCGCAGGAAUUGUUUGCAGGUGGGAAGAAUAUUCAAUUUACUUUGAAUGAAGAAUGGCACGCUCUCCGUGAUCAACCACGUUAUGGUAGUCAGAUGGGAGGAAAUGUUGGGUCAGGGAGUAGUGGAUCUAAGAGAUCUCACGAGGACUCUGUAGGAUCUAGUGCUCGUCCAAUGGGUAGGGAGGCAGCUAAAAAAAAAGUCAACAUUAUCAGUGUUGUCUAG